UUUAUUGCUUUAGCUGGACACUCGGCCAUGUAUGUCCUUAGUUAGGGAACCACAGUGUGCUUCACACAGUAUGAGCAAAGGUCAUCUAGAGAAGCUGUCAGAAGAAGGUGUUUUUUUGAGCUGGAAAUAAGUCCCAGGACAGUGGCAUUGCAGAGAUGGAGGAGCUCCCUGUUCCUCAGCACAUUAAAAUCAGCAACAUCACUUGUGACUCCUUCAAGAUCUGUUGGGACAUGGAUUCCAGGGCCAAGGAGCGCAUCACACACUAUUUUAUUGACCUAAACAAGAAAGAGAACAAGAAUGCCAACAAGUUCAAGCACAAGGAUGUACCCACUAAGCUGGUAGCAAAGGCAGUGCCUCUGCCCAUGACAGUGAGAGGCCACUGGUUUCUGAGCCCACGCACAGAGUACACUGUAGCUGUCCAAACAGCCUCCAAACAGAGUGACAGAGACUAUGCGGUCUCCGAGUGGAGUGAGGUUGUGGAGUUCUGCACAGCCGAUUACUCCACAGUCCAUCUCACACAGCUGCUGGAGAAAGCGGAGGCUAUCGCAGGCAGAAUGUUGCCAUUCUCUGUGUUCUAUCGCAACCAGAACAAAGAGUACUUUGACAAUGCAAGGCAUGCACAGAAAAACAAGAUGCUGCCAUCAGUGAAGGACAACAGCGGUAGCCAUGGCUCACCCAUUAGUGGCAAGCUGGAAGGCAUCUUCUUCAGCUGUAACACCGAAUUCAAUACAGGUGCCCCACCACAGGACUCGCCGUACGGCCGCUACCGCUUCCAAGUGCCAGCUGAGGCUCUCUUCAACCAUGACACCAACCUGUACUUUGCUGAUUUCUACUGCAUGUACACGGCAUACCACUAUGUGAUCCUGGUGCUGGCACCGCGUGGCUCACCAGGGGAUGGAUUCUGCAAGCAGAGGCUCCCCUUACUGGAUAUCGCUGACAACCGGUUUCUGACAUGUGCUGAGGACGAAGAAGGGCACCUUUCUUUCCACCAUGCGCAGGACAUCAUCCUUGAGGUGAUCUAUACAGACCCGGUGGACUUGAGCCUGGGCACAGUGGCUGAGAUCAGUGGGCAUCAGCUCAUGAGCCUGUCUACGAUCAACGCCAAGAAGGACCCCAGCUGCAAGACCUGUAAUAUCAGCGUUGGCCGCUAAAUCCCUGUUCAAGCACCCUCUGUUGUUCUGUUCUGUUCUGUCCUGUUUUUUCCUGUUUUCUUUCCUUGAAAUCUUUUCUUUAAGUCUUCUUUAAUAACCCUUUAGGAGCCUCAAGGCUCCUCGACAGCAUGCGUCUCUCAGCUUUUUACCAAACACUCAUCUAUUAUUGAGUUAGACUAUACUGUAGCCCUAUUUUUCUAUUGAUGCCCAGAGGCAUCAUUAGGACUACUCUCUUCUAUCAGAAAAGUGACAUUUUGCUCCUUUAAUUCUUAUUGGCUGUGAAACUUUAAACCGUGUUUUAUAGCUACAAUGUCAUAUUUUAAAGUAGCAUACCGGUCAAGCUUAUAAUGUAGCUGGAUAUACUGUAUAACGAGGCUAUAUAAGUAUGUAUUAACAUUACACAGCAUUUGGAUAAUUCUAAAGACCAUACUAGAUAUUGCUGCAGCAUCAUUUUGAAAUUGUAAACCGAUGACAUCAGCACCUCUUUGAUCGUUGUUCUGCAGUGUUUCAUGUUAUUUAUUCAAAUCUAAAACCUAUCAUACUGUGUUUGACACAUAAUAAACAUGCCAAGUAGUAGAAAUAGAAAAAUAUUUAUUUUUUAACCAGUGUAUAGAAAACAGACCGAACCAGAAGUGCACAAUACUGAGGACUUUGGGACAAGAAAUGGAUGCACACUAGAGCAGAAAGAAUUUCUUGAAAUCAAAUUUGCACAAAUCUACUGCAUAAACCAAUGCAAAAUUAACAUGCACUAUAUCUAAGCUAUCAUUCAAAUAGUAAAAUAGUCAUUGCGGUUGUGUAUGUCAGAUUCAGUCUGGAACACCGCAAACAUGACACCGAACAAACCACACUCGAUUGUUUAAGUUCUCAACAAUUUGAAGUUGGCUGGCAUGCAAGACACAACACGAUUGUAAUUGUUGCAUUUGAAAUGCCAAAACAAGGUUGGUAAGAUCUGUAGUGAUUGGUGAACAGAAAUUCAAGGAUUUUUUUUCUUUUGAGUGUGUUACACUUUCAGACCAUAAAAAAGGAUCAUUGUGCUUCAUGGUAGAACAGUUAAAUUUCAUAUAUAAAUUCUUUGUCGUUAUCAUUCAUCCUUCAGGAGGCUACUUAAUGUCUCACAGUCAUUCAGUUCAUUUCAUUUUUGUAAAAACAGUAAGUGUAAUAGAGGGACACAUUCACAAUAAGUCACAAUAAUUCACAUUGCCACUAAUACAAGCAUUUGUGUGCCUCAGCAGCUGGUGAGUUUGCAUAUGAUUAUAAAUCUAAAUGCUCUGGGCUUUAGCAAAAAAGUUUGGCAUUUGCUCAUGACAAAGCCCCCAUCUUGAACCCUGAGCAUCGUGGUUCGUUCGUCUGAGAGCACACUGUCAUUUUGUUUCAAAUUACAUCAGAAUGACAAAAAACUCAGAACAAGAAACCAAGAAAAUUGCAUAUUGAUUCAGGCUUUGGUUAACAAAAAACAUCUCUUCAAAAAACAAUAUAAAGUGCCAUAUUUCAUUUUCAUCUUUUCUUCUUUAAGACACACAUGAUUUGUCAGUCUCCACUGAGUUUGGAAUGAAGAAUGAGCACAAAACAGAGACCUGUAUUUACAUGUUACAUCAUGCGGUAGCCACGUAAGGCUUUUUUUCUUCUUCUUCUUCUUCUUCUUCUUCUUAGAGAUAGAUCAAACCCUGUGUCUGGGACGUUUGGGCAGCUCAAUGUAGCAUUAGUGUUAAAGUGCAUUGUAGUGUUGUUAUGGCACGAGCAUCUAAUAUGUAAAGUAAAAACAUGGUUUGGUCCAAAUAUCUAGAUGUGUAUUGAAAGGCAAACCAAGAUUUUCCUCGAAUAGUCUAUGUGGUUUCCUGUUUGCUAAGCAGAACCUCCAGCAAGCGUAGUUUGGCUUUCAGGCUUUUAUACUCUUGGUAUUCUUCUGUCAUGGGAAUCCGGUCGUCCUUUUGUGCAGUCCUUGUGUGAUUUGAGAGCAGAAAAAGAAAAAAAAAAGAGAAGAGGAAACAUUAAUAGAGACCUUGUGAGCCCAUAUGCAGUGAGAAUAACCCUUGUGUUGCCUUAUUGAAAUAGUUUUGUACAUCAGUGGAUAUCAGCUGAAAGAAAAUAGAUUUUAUUUUCUGCGAAACAUUUGAAACACUGUGUACAGAAUCAUUGUGUUUUUGGUGCAUUGAGCCCCCCCCCAAUUAAUUUUUCUCAAUUGUAUUGAUGUGCAUUACGAUAACUAUACUGAAAUGCCUCGUGGAUGUGUGUAUCUUUUCCUUUCUCCUGCUGUUCGUGGUUUACAAACACCAAAUGUAACAUACGUAUUCAUUAAAACAUGU